AUGACUUCCAUUGGCAAAGCAACAAAGUACAACUGGCUCAUCACACGAUACGAAUAUCCCGACAACGAAGAGGGCAAGACGUUCAUCAAAUAUCUGACAGCGAAUCGAGGCAACAAUCUGAAAAAGGUCCUGAAGGACUGGCAAAGAAGAUUGCUGCAAUCAGAAGUGACAAGGGGCGCUGGAGUGCACUAG